UCGAUACGUGCCUCUCCAAGUUGACGUGCUUUCCGGACACAAUUUAAACCCUCGGCAUAAUUCGUCUCCGCAUUACGAGUUACAGUUAACCUCAAUAGAAUGGCCGCUCCGGUUCCAAGCUUGGGUCAGCUUGUUUCGGAGGCUACUUCUUUGUUCAAACAAAUGUUUGACGACGAAGCUCCUCAGUUUGCAGUGUGUGCUCCGGGAAGGGUCAACCUGAUCGGGGAGCACACGGACUACAACCAGGGAUACGUACUUCCAAUGGCAUUACCCCUGGUCACUGUGGUGGUUGGAAGUGCCUCAUCUGAUCCGGAAGCUACCAUUGUCACUGCAAGCGAGCAUGCCGAUGAACCCAGGAGAGUCGACCUGAGACUGCCAAAGGGAACAUUCCCACUCUCUCCAGGGCUGCCAAAUGAGGGACUCCCACUAUCUCCGGGGUUACCACACUGGGCCAACUAUGUGAAAGGCGUUAUACAUCACUACAGAGCUCACCCGCUCCCAGGUUUCAAAGCUGUGGUGGUCUCCAGUGUCACCCUGGGGGCAGGUCUCUCCAGCUCAGCUUCUUUCGAAGUGGCCUUUUACACAUUUCUGCAGCAACUCAAGCCAGAUGACGGAGACAAAGUAUCCAAAGCAAUUGCAUGUCAGCAGGCCGAGCACACUCAUGCCGGUGUGCCUUGUGGCAUCAUGGAUCAGCUCGUGUCGGUUCUUGGGAUGGAGGGGCAUGCGUUGCUGAUUGACUGCAGGUCGCUGGAGUCCACCCCCGUCCAGUUAACAGUUCCAGGUCUCGUCUUUCUCAUCACCAACUCCAAUGUCAAACAUUCUUUGGCAAGUAGCAACUAUGCCUUGAGACGUGCACAGUGUGAGAAGGCUGCCUCAAUCCUGGGGAAACCCAGUCUAAGAGAUGUGACCAUGAAUGACCUGGAAGAUGCAAGGGACCAACUUGACGACGUGACCUAUCGUCGAGCUUUUCAUGUUAUUGGGGAGAUCCAAAGGACCGUCAGAGGUGCAGAAUACUUGAAGACGGGUGCCUAUCAAGAGUUCGGCAAAGUCAUGGUGGAAAGCCACAAUUCCCUCAGAGAUUUAUAUGAGGUGAGCUGUAAGGAGCUGGACGAUCUGGUGUCCGUUGCCAUGGAGGUGGAGGGAGUGUUUGGCAGCAGGAUGACAGGUGGAGGAUUUGGAGGUUGCACAAUAACUUUGCUGAAGGCCCAGGUCGUUGACAGGGUGACACGUCACAUACAGGAGCGGUAUAGUGGAACCCCAACUUUCUAUGUUGCGACUCCUUCAGAGGGUGCUCGGGUUCUACAGCUGUCCUGAAUUCUGCCAAAGCACUUUUUAAUUGACUUUGAAUGCUUCCUUAUUUGUCCCCAGAAUUUCUUCCAUUGAAACUCAGAGGACCUAUUAAGUACUGUCAAUGGGGAUUCCUUUUCAUGAUACUGUACUGUAAAUCGCAAAGUGACAAGUGUCCUCCAUUUUUUGUGGGAUUUUCUAAAAAACAUGAAAAACAUCAAACUCUAAAAUCCUCUUGAACGAAUUAACCAAAAAAACACUCCGAUUAAAUUAAACCUCAUACAAGCGACAUUGCUGUUUAUCUUUAUAUCACCAAUAUGACACAGCUGAACGAUGCAUUUCUGACUGGUUUUGUGAACGCGCCCAUUCUGGCAUCUGUGAGCGGUUUUUGAACAUUUUUGUUCAAUGGGUCCUGACGGAGGAAGAACCUUAUUUGGCAACCCAAGCCAUGGGGCAUUAUGCGGCCGCAUGCGUCAUCACAUAUAAAGCAUGAUCACAUGGAGAAGGAAGACAAAAAAAAAAAAAAAUCAACAACGUGGCAAUUACCUUACUUGUUGGCGACAGACUAACUAUAUGUUAGCCCCUUGUACAGUUUGGUGGAUUUGU